CGGGCGGGGGCUGUCUGCAGGCGGGCAGGAGGCACGGAGGGAAAUGGCCGCUCCCGUGUGGCCGCGGCGCUGCGAGAUCUGCUAAAUCUAUUCCGAAGCCAAGGGUAGACAACCAGUACAAGGGAAGUGUUCGUCUUUAAAUGGACAUCUGCUCUUGCAGUAUGGCCCAGAUAUCCAGUAGCAAUGGAUUUAAACAGCACUCAUCACCACCUCUGGCAGCCUCAAGGUCAAAAGAUGUGGACAAAGAGGAGGCAUUGCAGAUGGAAGCUGAGGCGUUAGCUAAGAUGCAGAAAGAAAGAGGUGUAACUGGUAAUAGACAAACUUUUCAUUCCUUAAGCAGCACCAAACAAAAAGCACAGAUUAGUAACAAACAGGACCAUGAUCUCAUGGUGUUUCCAGAGUCUGAUGCCAAGGGCAUGGAAGAUAAACUAAGUACCAUAGACAUAGAAAAGCUUACUCAUGCUGAACUAGAAAAGCUGCUGCUGGAUGACAGCUUUGAAUCUAAUAAAGUACCUGCAUUACCAGUAAGUCCUAUUUUGAGCCCAUCUGUGUCUUCGCAAUUUUAUCUUGGGCCUGCAAGUCAGAGAAGACAGUGGAUGCCUGGGAUACCAGCACCUGUGACAUGCACUUUACCUCCUAUUUACCCCUCAGCUUCUUACAUAAAACAGACUGGUGUAUUUCAUAAUGGAUUCCAUCCAAGUAUGUCCUCCUAUCACUCAAGAGAACCUGUUUACCUUGGUCUUCCAAGACAGUCGCAAUACAUUUCAUACCCAUUGGCAGCUACCACACCUUUCCAUCCACAGGGAAGCCUACCUAUAUAUCCUCCAGUACUUACACCAGAAAUGGCACAAGUAUUUGACAAAAUUGCGAGCACCUCAGAAUUCUUGAAAAAUGGCAAGUCAGGAACGGACCCAGAAAUGACUGCUAUAAAUUCUGCAAUUUCUAACCUACCAGCCUCGGAAAACUGUGGGGACGUGAGUAAAUUUGACUGGUUAGAUUUGGAUCCCCUAAGUAAACCAAAAGUAGAUAGUGUGGAGGCUUUAAAUAAGGCCAAGAAUGAUGGAGAGAAGGCUUCAAGUAUGACUGCUGAAGAUCCAUGGGAUGCUGUGCUCUUAGAAGAAAAGCUGUUAGUUACUUGUCAUCUGGAACGAAAAGUUAAUGGUAAAUCUUCCGGAGCAACAGUUACAAGGAGCCAGUCCUUAAAUGUGCGAACAACUCAGCUUGCAAAGUUUCAGGGCCAAACAUCACAGAAAGACAAUGGGACCACUGGCAAGCUGACAGAAAACACGCUUCUCCAAGAAAUUGAAGGGCAGAAUCAAGAGCUGUCAGCUUUUUCUCAAGCAGUGACAAAAUUGAGGACCAAGUUUCCGUAUGCUAAUCGGCAAACAAAUCCAGGCUUUGUGCUGAGUCCAGUCAUGCUGCAAAGAAACAUAAGUGGGGAGAGUGCCAGUAUCAAGGUUUCUAUAGAAAUUGAAGAAUUCCAGCAACCAGUAACUUUCACAUGUGAUGUGAGUUCCCCUGUUGAGCUUAUAAUAAUGCAGGCGCUUUGCUGGGUGCAUGAUGAUUUGAAUGAAGUGGAUAUUGGCAGCUAUAUCCUGAAAGUCUGUGGCCAAGAAGAAGUUUUACAGAAUAAGCACUGCAUAGGAAGUCAUGAAUAUAUUCAGAACUGUCGCAAGUGGGAUAUAGAAAUCAAACUUCAGCUCUUGACCCAUAGUGUAAUAUGCAGCGACCUUGCACGAACAGAUGAUGAUGACAGAACACCCAUACAUCUAACCAAACACCUCCACAAAGUAGAAAAGCCUUUUAGAGAGCCUGUUAUAAGGUCUUCUAUUGAAGAGCUUUUUGAUGUGUAUCACAAGCAAGUUAACAUAGCUCUUAAAAAUGAGAACCAGCAUAAAGCAGUAGAUCAUGUAAUUAAGACUGUCAGAAAAAUCUGUUCUACGUUGGAUUGUGUAGAGACUCCUGCAAUAACGGAAUCAGUAAAGAAGCUAAGAAGGGCUGUUAAUCUUCCAAGGAUUAAAAAUGCUGAGGUGUCCUUAAAGUGUGGUUGUGACACCAGCAAGAGCUCAUCCAGUUCACUGCAGCCUGAAAACCCUCUGAAAGUGAGUAUAAACCAGUUAACAAGAGCAGUUGAAGCCCUUCUGCAACUCCACACGAAUUCAUGUAGCAGUUCUGCAGCAGCUUCUCCAAAACUUGGUAAGAGUACCAAGGAGGCAUGGACUGCCACAGAACACCUCCAGUUCACAAUAUUUGCUGCUCAUGGAAUUUCUUCUGGUUGGGUAUCAAAUUACGAAAAAUACUACUUGAUUUGUUCUCUGACCCAUAAUGGAAAAGAUCUGUUUAAACCUGUUCAGUCCAAGAAGGUUGGCACAUACAAGAACUUCUUCUACUUGAUUAAAUGGGAUGAACUAAUAAUUUUCCCCAUCCAAAUUUCACAGUUGCCUUUGGAAUCAGUCCUAUGUCUGACUUUGUUUGGAAUCCUAAAUCAAAGUAGUGGGAGUUCUCCUGACGCAAAUAAGCAGAGAAGGGGUCCAGAAAUUUUGGGUCAGGUUUCUUUGCCUCUUUUUGAUUUUAGGCGAUUGUUAACUUGUGGGACAAAGCUCUUGCAACUCUGGACCUCACAUCCACAUCAUGCGUCAGGGAUGGCCAGUAAGAAAGGAAAUAUGGAAAGAAUAGUAUUACAGAUUGACUUCCCAUCCCAUGCUUUUGACAUUGAAUAUAAAAUUCCUCAAGCUGCAAAGACUACUGUGCAUCAUUCCAUAGAAACAUUAGAAAAACCAUUGAGACAACGUCUCCUUGCCAUUCUCUCCAAGGAUAACACUAUUGGACUAUCAAAAGAAGAUAAAGAGUUUCUGUGGGAGAAGAGACAUUAUUGUCAUAGUCAUACAAAUAGCCUACCAAAAAUCCUGGUUAGUGCCCCUCACUGGGACUGGGCAAGUCUUCCAGAAAUAUAUUCACUACUUCAGCAGUGGCCUCCUUUAUCACCUUUAGCUGCACUGGAACUGCUUGAUUCAAAGUUUGCUGAUCAGGAAGUACGAAAUACAGCUGUGAAUUGGAUAGAGACAUUAAGUGAUGAUGAGUUAACAGAUUUCCUGCCUCAGUUUGUACAGGCAUUGAAGUAUGAAACCUAUCUUGAUAGUGCUCUUGUCAGAUUUCUUUUGGCCCGGGCACUGGGAAGCAUUCGAGUAGCGCACUACCUAUACUGGCUUCUUAAGGAUACACUGUAUGAUACAAAGUUUGGUGUAAGGUAUGAGCAAAUUCUUGGAGCUUUUCUUUCAGUCUGUGGGAAGAGACUGAGGGAAGAGUUGGAGAAGCAGACCAAGCUAGUGCAGCUUUUUGGAAUGGUAGCAGAAAGAGUAAAGCAAACAAGUGGAUCUGCUCGGCAGGCUGCCUUGCAAAAUGGCAUGGAACGUGUGCAGUUAUUUUUCUUGAAGAACAAAUGCCGUUUGCCUCUCAAUCCCAGUCUUGUGGCAAAAGAGUUGAAUAUUAAGGCAUGCUCUUUCUUCAGCUCCAAUGCAGUACCACUGAAAAUUGCAUUGAUAAAUGCAGACCCUCUGGGAGAAGAAAUCAAUGUGAUGUUUAAGGUUGGAGAAGACCUGAGACAAGACAUGUUGGCUUUACAAAUGAUUAAGAUUAUGGAUAAGAUAUGGCUGCAGGAGGGACUGGAUCUUCGGAUGGUUAUCUUCAAGUGCCUCUCAACUGGAAAAGACCGAGGCAUGGUAGAGCUUGUUCCUGCUUCAGACACACUCAGGAAAAUUCAAGUGGAAUACGGAGUGACAGGUUCUUUUAAAGACAAGCCUCUGGCAGAAUGGUUGCGAAAGUAUAAUCCUACAGAGGAGGAAUAUGAAAAGGCUUCAGAAAACUUCAUUUACUCUUGUGCAGGAUGCUGUGUAGCUACUUAUGUACUGGGAAUUUGUGACCGCCACAAUGAUAACAUAAUGCUCCGAAACACAGGCCAUAUGUUUCACAUAGACUUUGGAAAAUUUCUGGGUCAUGCACAGAUGUUUGGUAGCUUUAAAAGGGAUCGAGCUCCUUUUGUGCUAACAUCGGAUAUGGCUUAUGUUAUUAAUGGCGGUGAAAAACCCACUAUUCGCUUUCAGUUAUUUGUGGAUCUCUGUUGUCAAGCUUACAACUUGAUAAGAAAACAUGCAAGCCUCUUCCUUAACCUCCUUUCACUGAUGCUUUCUUCUGGGUUACCAGAACUAAGUGGGGUUCAGGACUUAAAGUAUGUCCAGGAUGCUCUCCAGCCCCAAACAACAGAUGCAGAAGCUACCAUUUUCUUUACAAGGUUGAUUGAAUCCAGUCUGGGAAGUGUUGCCACAAAGUUUAAUUUCUUCAUUCACAACUUGGCUCAGCUGCGUUUCUCAGGUCUACCUUCUAAUGAUGAACCCAUUCUCUCAUUUUCUGCUAAAACAUAUUCUCUUAAACAAGAUGGCCGAAUCAAACAGGUGUCUGUGUUUACGUAUCAGAAGAGAUAUAACCCAGAUAAACACUAUAUCUAUGUAGUGAGAGUUCUGAGAGAAGGGCAAGUUGAGCCAACGUUUGUCUUCCGAACGUUUGAUGAGUUCCAGGAACUUCACAACAAACUUGGCAUUCUCUUUCCUCUUUGGAAGUUACCAGGCUUUCCUAAUAAGAUGGUUCUGGGAAGAACACAUAUAAAAGAUGUAGCAGCUAAAAGAAAAGUGGAGCUCAACAGCUACAUACAAAGUCUGAUGAACAGUUCUUCAGAGGUGGCAGAAUGUGAUCUUGUUUAUACUUUUUUCCAUCCAUUACUUCGUGAUGACAAAGUGGAAGGAAUAGAUGGAAUAGCCAGACCUACAGAUGCCAGUCCAUCAAGUCCUACCUCAGGCAAAGUGGGAGGAGAAGUGAAGCUAUCCAUAUCAUAUAGGAAUAGCACUCUAUUUAUCAUGGUCAUGCACAUUAAAGACCUGGUUACAGAAGAUGGUGCAGAUCCAAAUCCCUAUGUGAAAACAUACUUACUACCUGAUACACACAAAACAUCCAAACGCAAAACCAAAAUCUCCCGGAAGACAAGAAAUCCAACUUUCAACGAAAUGCUUGUGUACAAUGGAUAUAGCAUGGAGACUCUGAAACAGAGAGAACUGCAGCUAAGUGUGCUCAGUGCAGAAUCAUUACGUGAGAACUUUUUCUUGGGUGGAAUUACACUCUCACUAAAGGACUUCAACUUGAGCAAGGAGACUGUUAACUGGUAUCGACUAACUGCUGUACCCUAUCUGUGAAUGCAUAUCUGCACCUGAAGAAGACCAGAACAACCAUAUUCACUUGUGCUUUGUGCAUCUUCCUACUUGAAGAUAACUCGUACAUCUUAAAACAAGAGACUCUGCGUUUCAACAGUUAUGCUGGACCAACGUUCAUGUAGCCUAAUUUGGAGGAUAUCUAGAAAACCUGGUUUAUGCUUAUGCAGUGUUAUCAAAGCAUUCUUGUAAAUGUUUAAGAGUUGCAGGUAGAGGAAAAGGUUUUUAAACCAUCCCUGAAAGUGAGAUGAGCAGUUUGAUCAUGAUUGUUGGUUAAAUGGUAAUUUCACCAUUAGGCCUGUGGGUAUAGUGCAUUUUUGGUUUUCAUUUUUGUUACCUGUGUUGUCAUCCAUAGUGUGAUGUUGGAGAAUAUCAAAGAAAUAACAUUAUUUUAGGAUUACAUUCCCACUAAUAACUAGACAUCACAGAAGCAGCAAUGGGUAAAAAUUUUGGCUUCACACACACCUGUAGAAAUGAAGGUUGAAGGGCUGGAAAAAUUGCAUUUAAUCACAGAUUCAUAGUUCUCUAAGAUUUAUUGGAAUGUGUGCCAAUAAUGGAAGAUGUAAAUAAUGGUGCCUUAUAAUUCAAAUGCUUGUCUUUACCUCAUUUCCAGUGUUUAAAUAUGUAUACGUUAACUCUGAGCUCCUUCAAAAGGGGAAACAUUCUCAUAUUUGAUACCUUGCAGGUCCUGCUGGAAGUCUUUUCCUAAGAUGUGCUACUUAGAAAUAAGAUCACUUAUACUGAUCUUCAUAGUUAGUGCAGAAUUCUACCCUAUCUUCUAGCCAUGAUCUCCAAAAGUUGGAUGAAGACUGCUGAAUGUGGUGCUGUAGGAAGUGUGCCCAGCUGCUGAGUGUUCUGGAAUGUCUGAACAUUUAAUUAGUGCAGUGAUUAAAUGUGGAACAGACUCAAAUGCUAAAUCCAAAGCAUAUUUUGCACCUGUACUUCCAGGUAAAGAUGGCCUCUAGUAAAGAAAAGCACAAGUACUGGAUGAAUUGCAGGCCAGAAAUGAGUUGCAUUAAUGAAGUGGAACUUGGUCACAUUUUUUUUAACAUUUCACAGCAAUACUGUUGUUCCUCCCACUAAGAAUUAAUUCCUCUAAAACUACUUGAUACCACAGGAUGUUAGGUUUGAAAUAUAUUGUGAGAGUGGAGUACAAACGUCACUUACUGUAUCUUGUUAAUGAGACCACUGGUUACUUUAUUAGGUGUUUCUGCACUUACAGGUGUAGCCUUUUUAUUCACCUUACUCAAUAUUUAGGAUGAUCAUAUUCUGUCUAAACCAAUGAUACCCACUUUAGUACUAAAUCUUGAAGCAAGACGAGACUAUCGCCACUGACUAUGACUAAGGGGAUUUUUAAAGUAAAAUAUGCAACUAUGAACAGAGAGAUAAUAUGGGGAAAGCCUUCUGUAUACCCAACACUAAAAAUCCGUUUCAUAAUCUGGUUUUCCAUUCCCUGCUACUGACCAAUCUCCCUUCAGUACAGAAGAGAGGAGUAAACUUGAAUCUCUGGUGCCUAAAAUAUUCAUGGUCCAAUUUCGUAAGAAUUAUUACAAUGAAAAUGCUAAGAAUAUCUUGAAUGUUAGAAACUGGGUUGAUCCUAAUGGGCGCUAACAAAACCCAGUUUUAUUAGGCAUCUUCUGCAUAUUUUUCAUUUAGUAUAUAGCCUGUAAAUAAUAACCUAUAUAACUAACUAGAUAUAUUUCCUGCUCACUUGAUGCUUUUGAGACUUACUCCAUUCCAUCAUUAGAAUCACAAGUCACUUAAACACAGGAAAGUAGACUACUGUUUUUGUGAAACGUUCCAUUGUGAAAUAAAAUUAAAGCAAUACGUACUGCCUUUUUUGCAGUUUGCUAUUAAAGCACAGUGUCUUACAGCACAAAAUACAGAUAAACUAAAAUCAUUUAAAAAAUGAUUUGCAGUUUUAACAGUUGUCUGGACUGAAAAAAUAUAUAGUACUGUAUUAUUAUUAGCACAUGUCCUGACUUCUGAUUUAAUCUUUUUCAUAGCUUAACUCAUCUUGUGCCUUUCCCUCUCUUUUCAAAAUAGUCACUGGCUGAAGCUUUUUAUGGCCAUGGAUUUUGUCUUGACCUCUCCUCACAUGCAGAGGAACAGCACCAAGCUUGCACCUCUUUGCACUAUUCUCAAUUAAGAAAGAAGUGAUUGCUGCAGUAAGACUUUAACAUGCUACAUAAAAGAAAAAAUUGAAAGAGGAAAAUAUUCAGUUGGGGUUCAAUUUAUGGUAAGUAGCUUGAAAAUGUAGUUUUAAAGUGUUUUCAUAUCUUGUUUAAUGAAAAAAAUCUUUUAUGCCACGUAUGACCUCCAGCCAGAAGUAUAAUUGUCAGUACGAUUGUUUUGGUAUUUCAGAGCAACAGCUUGUGCUAAGACCUCUUCCUUUUCUCUAUUAACCUAGAACUUUGCACUGAAACUUUAUUACUGCCUUUUUAUGACCUACAGCUACCUGUCUCUGGAAGCAUGUGCGAUCUUUGAUAAAAGUUCUUUAUUUUUACAACUCGGGCUGUGUAGAAACCCCCAUCGCCUGCCUUAACGCGAGGGCUCUGUCAGGGCUCGCUGCAACCUUCCCCUCAUUUGUGCUCCUUACUCGGACACUGUGACUGAGGUAGUGCUACAGCUAAGGGAAGAGAGUGACACCAAAUCCUUUGUCUCCCUUUGUCUAUGUAUCUGUAAGAACCAAAUACUUUAAUUAAACGAGCUCGUUAAUAAAGAUGUACAAUACUGCCCGUACUGAGCGGGUUAAAUGUGACUCCAUAUCUGUCCUGUAAGUACAUUAAACGCUACUCUGAGUUAAAAACA